AUGCAGCAACGACUCACCUUCCUCCCGCUCUUGCUCCUGCUGCUACUCCCCUACUCCGGUGCUCUCGCUCCCGCUCCACAUGCGACCCUGACUCCAACGGCAAUAGUUAAGCGCGCACCGCUACCAGGUCCUUCUCCUCCGCCUCCACCGCCGCCGCCGCCGGGUGCGCCUCCAGGACCACCACCUCCUGUUCCAUCACCACCGCCAGGGCCACCUGGAGGGCCGCCAGGGGGACCACCGGGAGGACCACCAGGAGGACCACCAGGAGGACCGCCAGGAGGACCGCCAGGAGGGCCGCCCGGAGGACCACCAGGGGGACCGCCCGGAGCACCACCAGGGGGACCACCGGGAGGGCCACCAGGGCCACCAGGGGGCCCAACAGUAACCCACACUGUCACCAGCACCGCACUCACCACAAACACAAAAUGGGUGACCUCCACUACCGCUACUACGGCAACCUCCACGGCAACCUCCACGGCCCCUACAGCGGCGCCGCAGAAGAAGAAGCCGAACGCGAUCCAGAAGAUCUUCAAGAAUAUCUUCGGGAAGAAGAAGGACGAUAAGAAGAAGAAAGAGGACAAGAAGAAGAAGAAGAAGAAGCAGAACAAGAAGAACAAGGGCAAGAAGAUCCAGGUCAUCAAGCCCACGACUACCACAAAGACAGAGACAAUCACCACAAAGAUCAACGGCAAGGACACCACCCAGACACGCACCACCACCAUGACGCUCCCCACAAGGACCGUCCGAAAGCUCAUCUACACAACCACAAUCAAGCACCAGCGCCCCAACGGCAAGAACAUCAUCCGCACCGUGACCAAGCUCGUGACCGAGAACCCAAAGCCCAAGCCAACCAAGCGGCCCAAGAAGAUCAUAAAGAACAUCAAGAAGGUUGUCAAAAAGAUCAAGAAGGCCGCGGCCAAGAAGAAGAAUAACGCGAAGCCAACGACGCAGACAAUCACGAGUAGGAUCGUCACCACCGUUCAGCCGACGCGGCCGGGGAUGGGGGCCGUUGUGAUGACGGUCGUGAAGACGAUCACCACGACGCGGAACCCCACGGCGGCGAAGAAGGGGCCCAGCAUGACGACGAGAGUCAUCACGACGACGGUCAAGCCGCGGAAGAAGGGGGAGACGGCGGUCGUGAAGACGAUCACGCGGAUUAGCAGGGUGGGCAAGACGAAGAAGAAGGUGGGCAAGAUUGUGAAGUUGAUACGGAAGAAGAAGGCGAAGAAGGCGAAGAAGAAGGCGGACAAGGCGAAGAAGAAGGCGGAGGAGGCGAAGAGGAAGGCGGAUGAGAAGAAGAGGAAGGAGGAGGAGGCGAAGAGGAAGGCGGAGGGGUCAAAGACCACUUCAACUACUUCGUCGAGUACGACGUCAACCUCGACUAACUCGUCGUCGACGACUACUACAACGUCCUCGACUACUUCUUCGUCGAGUACGACUACGACGUCGAAGCCAAGUACAACAACGAGCGCUUCCACGACGUCCUCGACAACUAGCACUUCUACAACCACCUCGAGCACUACAUCCAAAAAAUAG